AUGAAAAUCUCGCUUGCUCUCUCUGCUCUUGCCUUACUUGCUUGCCCUGCCGCUGCGGUCGACCUUGAUCCAACAGAAGACUGUGGCGCGCCCUUUAACGCCUGGUGGACCCAGUGCACCCGAUCUGCCUCCAACUGCUGCUACUACGCAGCCGAAAAGGCCAAUACAACCUGUCCGAUGACUCGUGCAAGACAUUAUGUCUUGCUAGGACGGUGCAGGUCGCUCUUCGAGGGCAGCGCAAGACCCUACAAUAAAACCGACUGCGUCACCGCCACUCUCUCCGGCAUAGCCUUGCUUAUGGGGGAUCGUGGCCUUAGCUUUCCUGUCAGUUGUACUAUUGAUGACAUCAAGGACAUGCCCUAG